CUCACCCACUCCAUUCUCUCCCCUCUUCUUCCUCGUCGUCCUCCUCCUCCUCCUCUUAAUUUUUCCCCCUCAUAGAUCGGCCGAUCUGUAUGGGGCUUGUCUUCUGAUGCGUUCGGCGGACUCUGCUGAUCGGGUGUUGCUGUUUUUGUCGUCGAUUAGCUCCCUUUUGUUGCUGCUUUUGCUGUUGGUGUUCGUGGUCGUCGGAUCCGGCUUCUUCGGGUUUCUGCUCCUUCGUCUGUGCUCAUGGCGGCGCUCGUCAACCGCGGAGGUAGUGAUGAUAUCUGCCAUGGUGGCUCUCUUUUCUCGAACCUCGUGGAUUCGAGCCUCCUCCUGUCUCUUAGUCGUAACGUUGAUGUCUACUGCUCCUCUCGCAAAAGGCCCCGGGUCACAGCUCCGCUCGCCCUCAGGGCAGAGAAGAAAGUUGCUUACAAGAAGCAGCAGCCCCGCUCGAUCGACAGCCUUCCUGACGAAUGCCUCUUCGAAAUCCUCAGGCGAUUGCCAGGAGACAAGGAGAGAAGCAACUCUGCUCGUGUGUCUAAGCGCUGGCUUAUGCUUCUGAGCAGCAUCCGUUCCUCCGAGCUCGGUGCUCGGAAGAAGUCUCACGUAGAAUCAGGGAAGAAAUUCUUACCAGACCUGAACAAAAAUGUGCUUUUGGAUGAGCAGGAAAGUGAGAACAACGGGUAUCUCACCAGGCGCUUGGAUGCAGAGGAAGCAACGGAUAUCAGGCUUGCUUCUAUCGCCCUUGGAACCUGUAGCCGUGGUGGGCUCGGCAAGCUUUUCAUCCAAGGAAGCAAUUCGACUCGUGUCACUGAUGUUGGCCUCUCUGCAAUUGCUCACGCUUGUCCUGCCCUCCGGGUUCUGUCCAUGUGGAAGGUGCCAUUAAUCACUGAUGCUGGUCUUUCGGAGAUUGCUGACGGAUGCCCCCUGUUAGAAAAGCUUGACCUUUGUCAGUGUCCGCUGAUCACGGACAAGGGCCUGGUAUCUGUUGCUAAAAAGUGCCCCAACUUGACGUCUUUGACAAUUGAAUCCUGCGCAAACAUCUGCAAUGAAGGUCUUCAGGUUAUUGGUCGUAGCUGUCCGAAACUAAAGUCUCUUACCAUCAAGGACUGCCUUCAUGUUGGUGACCAAGGAAUUGCAAGCUUGGUCUCUUCCGCCUCUUCUUGCUUGGAAAGGAUUAAACUUCAGGCCCUGAAUAUCAGUGACAUUGUUCUUGCGGUCAUUGGUCAUUAUGGAAAGAAUCUAAUUGACCUGUCGCUGAAUGGGCUCCAGAAUGUGGGUGAGAAGGGAUUUUGGGUUAUGGGCAAUGCUCUUGGCUUGCAGAAAUUGAGGUCCAUCACUAUCAAUUGUUGCAAUGGGCUUACUGAUAAAGGGUUGCAAGCUAUUGCGAAGGGAUCCCCUUUUUUGAAGCAGCUCUUUGUUCGAAAGUCUUGCUACCUAUCUGAUGCUGGUUUGAGAUCUUUUGCCGAAACAGCAAGGGCUCUUGAGAACUUGCACCUAGAGGAUUGUAACCGGAUCACUCUCAUGGGUGUCCUUGGUGCCCUUUUGACAUGCAAUCCAGAGUUAAAGUCGCUUGUUCUAGUGAGAUGCUUGGGCAUCAGAGACAUCGCUUUUGCUCCUACCCAACUGCCAUCAUGCAUGUCACUUAGGUCCCUAACCAUUCGAGACUGUCCAGGUGUCACAGGGGCUAGUUUACAAGUGGUGGGGAAGAUCUGCCCCCAGUUACAGAAAUUGGACUUGAGUGGACAAGUUGGGGUGACUGAUGCUUCGCUCAUCCCACUGAUCCAGAGUUCUGAGGUGGGCUUUGUGGAGGUCAAUCUAAGCGGUUGUGUUAAUCUGACAGAUGCUUUGGUCACUAUGCUGGUUAAGGCGCAUGGAAGUACACUUAAGAUGCUUAAUCUUGAUGGUUGUAAGAGAAUUACCGAUCAAAGCCUUGUGGCAAUUGCGGACAGCUGUUCUGUGUUCGAUGACCUUGAUUUGUCAUGUUCCUCAAUAAGCGAUUACGGUGUGGCAGUCCUGGCAUCAGCGAGGCAGCUUAACCUGUGUACACUCUCUCUUGCAAGUUGUUCAAAGGUCACAGACAAGAGUCUACCAUUCUUGGGGAACAUGGGGAAGUCUAUGGUAGGCCUGAAUCUUCAGCACUGCAGCUUGAUCAGCAUUCACGGCAUUGGGUUGCUCGAGGAGAAGCUAUGGUGGUGUGACAUCAUUUCCUAGACGAACAGAUUGCUGAAAUAUGGUACAGGGGAAUCUCUUGGGAGUCUGAUAGUCAAGCUUUCAUGAGCUCCGGCACGAGAAACCGAUCGUGAGCAGCAGCAGUACAUUCAGUUUGUUUUUGGCUCAUGUCUUCUGCCCAUGGGCUUCCAACUUUCUGGCAGAUUUGGUCAUCUUCCAGGACCCGUGGUCGAUUGCUUUUUUACAGAUGUUCUUCGCAAGAGGACUCUGUUUAGGGUGUUUGCCAAUCACUGAUUGGCUGGCUUUACUCUAUUUUGGCUUCGGUCCUGGAGAUCACAACCAUAUCUGGUCUUAGUCCAAGGUUUUUUGUUCAAGUCUGGUUAUCUCAUGUACUAGAUAUUUUUCGUAUGAUCCUGGUUAGGUCUUACGGGGAAGCAUCACAUAUUGCUUCUCUUGUGUUUGAGCCAAGACAAUGCUUGUGAGUCAAACUUGCGUCCAGUGAGUUUCAAGUUGGUCUGUCCUCAGUGUUCCAGUCUGGGCUUCAUGCCCUCUGAGUCAUUUGGGUCUGUUAUCGUCUUCAGUGUGGGUCUUGUUUGGUUGCUUUUUGCACAGUUCUGUUUAGAUGCCUGAGCUUCAUGGGAUUUGGCCAUGGCUGCAUAUAGUUUGAGCAUGCCAUGACAACCUUGUGUGGUUGUUUUCUCUCCACCAAAUCCUACUUUUCCAGGCUGAGGGAGGGCUGUAAUCUCUGCGACCUUUCUUUAAUGAAUAAACUUGUUUUGUUGUA